UUAACUCUCUCUUGUCUAUUUUGACUUUAUAUUUUGAGAACUCUCUAAUCUAAAUACUGGUAGGUAGGUACCAGAGAAACACAAACCCUAGAUUUUAACCUCACUUUUCUUUCAACGGAGGAAUCAUCAAAUCAACGAUGUCUUCUUCACCUCACUCACCCACCGGUUCCGGCUCAUCCACACCGCUUCUCCGUUCACGGCAAUCUUCAUCACCACGGCGUCAGCCUGUAAUCGCGGUUCUGUUAGGCCGAGCUUCAGGGAGACGAGGUGGAGCUUCGAUGGUUGUUAGAGAGACGGCUGCUCAGGAGCUUGAGGAGCGACGAGCUGAUUGGGGUUACUCGAAGCCUGUUGUUGCUUUGGAUAUGCUUUGGAACACUGCUUUCGUCGUUGUUGCUGUCGCGAUGCUUUUGGUUUUUAAAGACGAGAAGCCGAAUGUGCCGAUUAGGAUUUGGAUCUGUGGGUACGCGAUUCAGUGUCUUGUUCAUGUUGUCCUUGUUUGGCUUGAGUUUAGGAAGAGGAACGCUCGAAGCCGACCUGGGGAUUUGGAAGCUGCUGCUGCUCAACAAGAUACGAAUCAGGAUAGUGAGGAUGAGGAUAGCGAUGAAAGCAUCCUGAGUACUAAGACUUGUGAAUCAAUGAACACCAUUAUAUCAUUUGUCUGGUGGAUCGUUGGCUUCUACUGGCUUGUAUCUGGUGGUGAGAUACUUCUUGAAAAUGCAUCCCAUUUGUACUGGUUAACCUUUGUUUUCCUGGCAUUUGAUGUGUUCUUUGCCAUCUUUUGUGUUGUGCUGGCUUGUCUUAUCGGAAUCGCACUCUGUUGCUGCCUUCCUUGUAUUAUUGCUCUUCUUUACGCAGUUGCUGGACAGGAGGGUGCAUCAGAAGCAGAUCUCAGCAUCCUUCCCAAGUACAGGUUUCAGAGGAUGAAUAAUGAUGAAAAGGAAAGUGACGGUGGUGGGAAAAUGAUACCCGUUGAGGCAGGCAGUGAGAAUUUGGGAAACGAACGUGUGCUUCUUUCUGAAGAUGCUGUAAGUGGUGAUUUUGGUGGAUGUUUGUAUAAGAUAUUUGAGAUGGAAUUGAGAUUCAGAGAU